GAGAGAGAGAGAGAGAGGCUUGAGGACGGAGGGAGGUCUUAAACAGAGGAGCAUAGUGCUGUUGUGACAAGUACUUUGGCUCUGCUCACCAUCCAACAGAGUUGGUCAUGGUGAUGGGGUGGGACGCCGAGAUUGCCGCUAUCUUUAAUCCCUGACGCCUAUUUUGUCCUUGCCAACACCACCCUCCCUCUCUCUCUCUCUCUCUCUCUCUACUUUCUUCCGCAGUAGUUUCCAAUAGGCCCAGUCCCAUAACAAGGAUACUUGUUUCCUUUUCUCUCUCUCGUCUUCUUCUCCCAGUCUUUCCAACUAUAACGCAAAUCCUCUUUACCCAUCCAUAUCCCUUGCCUUUGAUCCGCUUCCAUCCUGCUCCCAUCCCUGUGCCGAUCCUUGGAAAAAUGCGGUGGCCGAGAUCUGGCUUGUAUCGAGGAUAAUUAGCCCGAAGAAAAGAACAGUUCUGGUAGCUUUUUCUGGAGUUACCUAGCAAGUGACGCUCGCCGUCUCUCUCUUUGUUCUGUUCCCUCGUCCUUGAAACACUGUGUUGGCUAGACUGACAGCGCAAGUUCUGGUGCUGGUGAUGGAAUUCUGGGGCCUGGAUGGCCAAAACUUUCCGGAGAGGAAGCAAGAGAGGCGCCACCACUACCAGCAGCAGCAGCACCACCACAUGCUUCCAGACGAUCAUCAGCAGCACCAGGGGAAGUGGGGGCAGGAAGUUAAGAGAGAUUGCACGCAUUGAUAAUAGCAAAUCGAGCAAAUCUGAAGUCGCAAGUGCGGUAGAAGAGGGACAAGGAUCUGGAUCCCCGGAGGACUCGUUUCCGUCAAUUACAACGUCAGCCAAGAGAAAGCGAAGGAGGGGAAGAAGAAGAAGAAGAACAGAGCCGCCAAAAAGCUGUGGCAGUAGCUGCACAAGUACAAGCUACGGAAGGCCACCGUUUGCAUCAUCUACACCGCCACAACCAGCAGACACGAAGCCGGGGUUUAGCCUUCUCGUCGAUUGCCACGGCUUCGUCUUCCGAGUAUGCCCAAUUUUCGGAAAGGAUGGGGGAGCACCAUAGCCACCAUGGAAGCCUCGGCUUGCACCAGCUCGCACUCCACCAUCACCAACAGCAGCAGCAACGAGAACAGCGGGCACAGACCCACUCGAGGUUGGGAAGGCUGAGGGCCGCCGGCGGGGAGAUCGUGGAGGUUCAAGGGGGCCACAUUGUGCGGUCCACAGGCCGGAAGGACCGCCACAGCAAGGUGUGCACCGCCAAGGGACCCCGCGACCGUCGCGUCCGUCUCUCCGCUCACACCGCCAUUCAAUUCUACGAUGUCCAAGACCGCCUUGGCUACGACCGCCCUAGCAAGGCCGUCGAUUGGCUCAUCAAGAAUGCCAAGGCCGCCAUUGACCAGCUUGCCGAGCUCCCAGCUGCCUGGAUCCCCACUGCUGCUGUCACUGCGGACGCCGCCGCCACCUCUACAUCCUGUGCUCCACCGAGCAGCCGAUCCCCUGCCACCGAGCAUCCUUCUGGGGAGUCCAGCAAGAAGCUAAUACCAGUUUCCAUGCCAGACUUUCCUACUGCCUUCAGCUUCGGCGGUCCCAAAGGCACCGGUGGAAGCAUUAGUUUCCUCCCGCCCUCAUUGGACUCCGAUCACAUUGCCGAUACCAUCAAGUCCUUCUUCCCGAUGGCUGCUGCUGGUGGCACCACCAUUUCGCCAUCCUCUAUCCCUUCAAUUGGCUUCCACAACUACCCGUCGGACCUUCUCUCGCGAACCAGUGGCCGAACUCAAGACCUCCGCCUCUCUCUCCAAUCCUUCCAAGAUCCCAUCUUUCACAACGCCCAAUCCAACCAGCAGCACCAUAGUCCAACUCCUGCGCACCGUUCUCUACUCGCUGGCUCCUCCCACCUCGGCUUCGACGAUGCCUCACCCGGCUGGGCUGAGCAGAACCAGCGAGUGUCUGAAUGGAAUGUGGCGGAGACGAGCGGCGGUGCUGGCUUGUACGGAUUUGCUUUCAACGUUCCACCACUGCAGGCGGUGCCGCUGCACUCGGUGCUCGGCCCGAGCCAAUUUCUCACUCAGAGGGGACCCCUUCAGUCCAGUAACUCGCCUUCGGUCCGUGGUUGGGCGGACCCUGUCGAUCCCACAUCCGAGCUUCACAUGCAACCCGUGCUCCAUCCCUCGGCUGCCUCCAUCGGGUUCACAUCGGAAGCCGACUUCUCGGGGUUCCAUGUUCCGGCACGGAUUCAGGGCGAAGAGGAGCACGGCGAUGUCCCCGACAAGCCGCCCUCUGCUACCUCUGCUUCUUGCCAAUGAUGGAGCGGAAGAAGAGAACUAGAGCACCCCGGAUGACUACCACCCCACUCGUAAUUCCCCGUUUAAUCGGUCUAUGGAUCUCUUCGUUUGUAUAAGCCUUCGGUUCUUCUCUUACCUCUGUUCCAUGCUUCUGCUUUCGAUCGUUUGCCAUGAUGAGUCUAGGUUGCCGUGACAGUCGUAGUUGCUUCUUGUCGUCGUCAUGUUUUCUUCCAGCUAUAGCCGAAUCAAAGGUGAUGGAGUUACUCUCCUUUAAGCAAAUCUUCCAAAUCGUGCAAGUAAUGAAGAGCAUAAGACAAUAUUUUCUUUCUUUCA